GUACUAAAAAUAAUUAAAAAAUAAUUGAAAAAAAAAAUUAAAAAACAUUUCAAAUUAAAAAACAUUUCAAUUAAAAAUAAAUCAAUUAAAAAACAUUUCAAUUAAAAAAUAAAUCCAAUGCAAAAUUUUCUUACGUACCUCGCCAAACACAAAAACAACUUCUUUCCAACUUUUUCGAAACUUAUUUCACAAAAUUAGCAAAUUAUAAGCAAUUUCAUCGAAAACGCAAAAGUGACACUUUUCACACUUCACGAGCACAUAAAGCCGACCACUCACGUUCUUCCAUUUUAUCGUUUUUUUUUGCUUUUUUCGCAAUCGUGUUUCCCCCCUUGUAAAUAUAUAUCCCCAAUAGUCAGUUUCCCUUGGCUCCUCAGGCCUAACUAUUCGCACAUUAAAACAAACAGAAAAACCCCAUUUCAGUUUCGCUCCUUUUAUUCAACAAAAUGAUUAGCGAACCAGUAGAUAUCAAAUACUUAGAGAACAACCAAUACUCUGAUGAAGGAAUAAAAGCCUAUGAAUUUAUAUUUGGAGAGGAUUACAUUUCCUCUGGAGGAAUAAUCGCAACAACGAAAAUUUUGAGCGACAUACAGUUGGACGCAAAUUCGAAAGUGCUAGACAUCGGCUCCGGCCUGGGAGGCGGCUGCAAGUACAUAAAUGAAAAGUACGGCGCGCACGUGCACGGAGUGGACAUCUGCGAAAAGAUGGUCACCAUCGCCAAGCUCAGAAACCAAGAUAAAGCAAAGAUCGAAUUUGAAGCAAAGGAUAUUCUAAAAAAAGAUUUCCCAGAAAGUACCUUUGACAUGAUAUACAGCAGAGACUCCAUUUUGCAUUUGUCCUAUGCAGACAAAAAAAUGUUAUUUGAAAAAUGCUACAAGUGGCUAAAGCCAAAUGGAAUUCUUUUGAUCACCGACUACUGUGCUGAUAAGAUAGAAAACUGGGAUGAAGAAUUCAAGGCCUACAUUAAGAAGAGAAAGUAUACCCUCAUGCCUAUACAAGAAUAUGGGGAUUUGAUUAAGUCCUGCAAGUUCCAAAAUGUGGAGGCAAAGGAUAUAAGCGAUUACUGGCUGGAGUUACUACAGUUGGAACUUAGCAAAUUGGAGGAAAAGAAAGAAGAGUUCUUGAAGGUGUAUUCCAUUAAGGAGUAUAACUCCUUGAAGGAUGGCUGGACCCGAAAGAUUAAGGACACCAAGAGGGAUCUGCAGAAGUGGGGCUACUUCAAGGCGCAGAAGAUGAUCUGAUUUGCGCGCGGGGUGAAAAAAAAAAAAAAAAAAAAAAAAAAACAUAUAUAUAUAUAUGAAAACCCCAAUUUGGAACCCCCAAACUUUGCCACUUUUCAUGAUGAUCGAAACGGUCAAUGUAUAAAAAAAAAAAAAUCAGUCAACCGACUCAUCAACCAGCUUAUCAAGCAGCCCACCAAUCAACCCAUCAUUUAAUAAAUAACGCGGGAGGCCACACCCUGUGGGGAAGAAGCGAACCCCGAUCGCAGCCAUGCGCUGCUCGAUGAAGGGGCAAGUCAUUUCUCCACCUUUGGGAUGGAAGAAGAGAAGAAAAAAAAAAAGGGAAAAAACUUUUUUUCUCCGCUUUGCUUUUUUUCCCCCUUUUCCAUUCUUCCCGUAUGUGUACACACACGCCUCUCAUCUAGCCACCUCGCAGGAGAGAGUCUUAAAAUGUGUCCGCGUGUAAAUAAAGGCACAUACAUAUAUGCAGAAACAUAUAUGUGACCAUUUUUACAUGGGCCACUUCCCCCCGCACGUGCGUUUUUGUGUGUAAUGCCACGAGUAACACGCGCAGCGCGCGCGCCUUGUUUUAUAUGUGUAUAUGUUUUUGUACGCACCUUUAUUAAGUGCACAUUUUAAGGCUCGCAUAAUAUUACACGCACAAUUGCAGACCCGCACAGCAGAGCAGAGCAGUGCGCGAAGUCUGUGACGAAAUGUGCUACUGAGUAGAUAGAGAAAAAAAGAAAAAAAAAAAAAAAAAAAAAGAAAGCGUGCUUGAUUACAUAUAAAUGAUUUUCCCUGGCGCUGAAAUAUGCCAAGCGUAGCGCUCGGGGGAAUUAAAAAAAAAAAAAAAAAAGAAAAUGAGUUCAGCGGUUGAUUUAACUGCGAACUGAUUUUUAUUAUGUGGCUUAGUUAUCGCAAUUGGGCGUCCAGUGGGAAUCCCGUAGGAGCCCGCGGGGAUUCAGCGCGAGUUCGGCGCGAAUUUAGUGCUAAUAGUAGUGCUAGUUCUGUGCAAGUUCGACGCGAAUCCGGCGCGGGUCCGGUGGGAAUCCCGCUGGCCUAACCAGCUUCCCCAGUUGUUGCGUAACACCCCUUGCGUGUUACCGUGGCAUCGUCACAUUGUGCAGUUAUGUUGUGUGUGUACACUUAGCCCAGUUGAGUGGCCACACACCCCUUUUGCGUAGCUGAGAGGAGUGGGGCGUAUCCCCCUCUCCUCAUCUUACGCAAUAAAGUUGCAUAGAAUUAUUUUUCCCCUUUUAUGUGGCGCCGCCGCAGUGCGCGCAGUUAAGCUACAUAGUCAGUUUGUGCAGUUAUGUUACGUAACCUACCCAACCCACUAACCUUCUACCACGCCGACGGCGCAUGAAAGCGUAAAGCUGCUGUGGCAGUGGAGCAU